AUGUUUGAUUAUGCCCUGAGCCUGUCUUAUGAAAUUGAAAACCAAACAGCUGCAAUGUUAAAUGAUUUCUUGCAGGACAUACAGUACACACCAGGGAGGUGGUACCUUGAUGGAGCCCAAAGCAGCUGCCAUACUUCCAACUUUGCUAUUCUGCUGCCUGAAGAGGAAACGGAACACAUCCAAGGUAUGUUCCUUCUUCAAGAGAUCCUCACCAUGUUGGGAGCUUGGAAAGACCCUCUGCAUCUUGUAGUAACUGAGCUGAGUGGUAUGGAAGAGGCCCCUACUGCAAUCAUAGCAAGAGCCAACAUUGUAGGGACAGCAAUGAAGGGACUUCAAGAAGGUGUUCGGAGAAUACUUGGCAAGAUUUAUCCUGGAUUCAGAGAAGUUGAAGAGUACCCCAUCUGGAAAGGACUGGCUUCUUUGCAGUCAUCUGAUGAAGACCUUCGUGUUUUUGCAUUUAAUAGCCUGUUUCAGUGCCUCAAGAGGGAUUCACGGAAGAUUGAUUCUAAUCUAAAGCUCUUGAAGUGCCGGUUUGUCUAUGACCGUGAUUGUUGA